CUACCAAAAACAAUCCAAAGUUUUUAUAUAGUACAGUUGCUAAAUUAACAAAUAAACAGACAUCACCUGACCUGGUUAUUCCGCCGCACCUUGGUAGCAAUGAAUUCAUGAUUUCUUUUUACCGAGAAAAUCGAAAACAUACGAGACAAAAUAGUAAAAACCCAACCUCCAAGUCUGUCCUAUGAAUUAGUACCAACCAUCACCCCAAAAGAAAGGCUACAGUGUUUUUCACCUAUAAAACAGGAAGAUUUAAUUAAACUUAUUGCAACAUCUAAACCUACAACUUGCUUAUUAGACCCCAUACCAACUAAAUUAUUAAAAUAAUUAUUACCCGUUGCAAUUGAGCCCAUUUACUGUAUAACAUUAUCAACUCGUCAAUUAAUCUAGGCCAUGUCCCAGGACCCUUUAAGCUGGCCAUAAAUUAAGCCUCUUAUCAAGAAACCAAACUUAGACCCCAAUGAACUAGGAAACUAUAGACCGAUUUCAAAUCUCCCUUACCUGUCUAAAAUACUAGAAAAAGUAGUGUCCACUCAGUUGUGCUCUUUCUUACAAAAUAAUGACAUACACGAAAAAUUUCGGUCAGGGUUUAGACCGCAUCAUAGUACUGAAACUGCGCUCGUUAAAAUUACGAACGACCUGCUUAUAGCAUCAGAUAAAGGUAACAUCUCACUCCUAGUCCUGCUUGACCUUAGUGCUGCGUUCGAUACUGUAGACCAUAAAAUACUUCUAGAUCGCUUACACAAUUGUACCGGUAUUCAGGGACAGGCACUACAAUGGUUCAGAUCUUACUUAUCAGACAGACAUGAAUUUGUCCAUUUAAAUGGGGAAUCAUCAAAUCUAACGCAAGUAAAUUACCCCAGGGAUCGGUUUUAGGACCUUUGCUAUUCUCCAUAUACAUGCUGCCCCUUGGAAACAUUAUUAGAAAACAUGGAAUUAGCUUCCACUGUUAUGCAGAUGAUACUCAGCUAUAGUGUUGUCAAAAGUACCGGUACUUCGGGUCCAAGUCGGUACCUAAAAAUAAAAAAGUUGUCGGUACCUAAUUUUCAUAAGACCCGGUGCCACCGACGUACCGGGUCAACCGGGUACUGAUGCUCUGUCUGACAGGUUGUCAGUCGGAAACUUUUUAUAGACGCAAUAAGACGUGAUGAGCGGAUAAACGCAGCUCCGAUCCACAAGAGAUGCGCGCAGAAAUACUUCAGAUUCAAGUCAUAUCACGAAGAAAACGAACAGAGUUUUGUGGUGAAACGAGGAAGCAUCCGGAUUUAAGUUAACAAGUUCAAGCGCAGCAGACUGAGGAGGAUGUUCAUCAGCAUGAAAGACCCCAGUGAGCACACAACAGUUUCAGCAACAAUUAACUUAUACUUCAUGUAUACAAAAUGGCAUUGCUUUCUGUACAUUUAUAUUAACAAUGAGCUUUAUUAAUAAAAUUGUGUUUCAAUUAGCAUGUACUGGUGUUUUGCUUUGGUACUGAAAUUGGUACCGAGAACCGUGGAAUUUUACUGGUAUUGGUACCGACUACUGAAAUUUUGGUACCGUGACAACACUACUCAGCUAUAUAUCUCAUCAAGACCAGAUGAUUCCUUCCAGCUAUCCAAAUUGGCAGAGUGCAUCGAAGAUAUAAAACAUUGGAUGACUUGUAAUUUCCUUCUAUUAAAUUCUAAUAAAACAGAAAUAUUACUUAUCAGACCAAAGACACGUGAGCAGAAUAUUUCAGAUUAUAACCUGCAAAUUGAAGGCUGCACUGUUGCUCCAACAAAUACAGUUAAACACCUAGGCGUUAUAUUAGACAGCAACCUGUCAUUUAAAAAUCACAUCUCAAAUGUCACAAAAACAGCCUUCUUCCACCUCAGAAAUGUGGCCAAGUUACGAAAUAUUUUAAGUGUUGCUGACGCAGAGAAGCUUAUUCAUGCAUUUGUGACCUCAAGACUUGACUACUGUAAUGCACUACUUAGUGGUUGUCCUGCAUCAUCAAUAAACAAACUACAGUUGGUUCAGAAUGCAGCUGCCAGAGUUCUAACCACGUCCAGAAAAUACAAUCACAUAACCCCAAUGUUAUCAACCCUUCACUGGUUACCCAUUAAGUAUCGUAUUGACUUUAAAGUUCUUUUAAUCACUUAUAAAGCCUUAAAUGGUUUAGCCCCUACCUACAUAACAGAGCUUCUACCACACUACAACCGAUCACGCUCUCUAAGAUCUCAAAACUCCAGACUUUUGAAAACACCUAGAAUAACUAAAUCCACCAAAGGGGGUAGAGCUUUCUCAUACGUAGCACCUAAACUCUGGAAUAGCCUUCCCGAUACUAUUAGAGGGUCAGACACACUCUCCCAAUAUAAAUCUAGAUUAAAGACACAUUUUUUCAGCCAAGCAUUCACUUAAUGCAAAAUAUGCUAAAUAAACCACCGGGAGACUGCAUUUAUUAGAUAUUAUUUACUAGAAUAAUCUUGCUUGUUCUAUAAACACCAUGCACUGUGCUGUGUUUUACCUUUUUGUGUGUUUUUCAGUUUUUCUUAUUUUCUCCUGUAAAGCUGCUUUGGAACAAUGCACAUUGUGAAAAGCGCUAUAUAAAUAAAAUUGAAUUUAUUUUUCAUCUUCCAAAAUCCACAAACUAUUCUGAUAUAUACAUUACCGGUCAAAAG